GUCUUGCGGCUGGGGCUGCCUCUCCCUCUCCCCAGACGCGCACGGACGCCGCGGGCGGAGGAGAGCGCGCUUAGCUGGGAUGGCAGCGGGUGCCGCGCGGGGCUGAAGCCGGAGCGGCGCCCGCCAUGGCCAAGCAGUACGACGUGCUCUUUCGCCUGCUGCUCAUCGGGGACUCGGGCGUGGGCAAGACCUGCUUGCUGUGCCGCUUCACCGACAACGAGUUCCACCCUUCGCACAUCUCCACCAUCGGAGUCGAUUUUAAAAUGAAGACUAUAGAAGUAGACGGCAUUAAGGUCCGAAUACAGAUCUGGGACACUGCAGGUCAGGAGCGAUACCAGACCAUCACGAAGCAGUACUACAGGCGAGCCCAGGGGAUAUUCUUGGUAUACGACAUCAGCAGUGAGCGCUCAUACCAGCACAUCAUGAAAUGGGCCAGUGAUGUAGAUGAGUAUGCCCCAGAUGGCGUCCAGAAGAUCCUCAUUGGGAAUAAAGCAGACGAGGAGGAGAAGAGGCAAGUAGGCAAAGAGCAAGGCCUCCAGCUGGCCAAGGAGUAUGGCAUGGAUUUCUAUGAAACAAGUGCCUGCACCAACUUAAACAUCAAAGAGUCUUUCACUCGUCUGACAGAGCUGGUCCUGCAGGCCCAUAAGAAGGAGCUGGACGGACUCCGCACGUAUGCGGCUGAUGAACUGAACCUGGUUGAGCUGGAGGAAGAGGCAAACAAGCCAGAGGGCACAGAGCACUCCCCCAAGACCUGCUGGUGCUGAAAGCCUCCCAGUGCUCUUCCUUUUCUUCUGUCCCCCAGUGCAGGCAGAGAGGCUCCCACCUAGAGAGGGCUCCAUCUCUUUGGUCUCUGGUUGCCUGCCUGCCCACUCUCUGCCCUGCUGGAUCCUCUUUGGAUUUCCUGGUGUUUCUCCUUGAUUGGUGAUUUCUGUUGUUCCCCCAAACUCCCUGGAUCCAAAUCUCUCUUCAGGGGGGCUCACAAUAUGCAGAACAUCACCCCGCCACCUUUGCGGAAGAGCUGUGGUUGGGGAUCGCAGCAGCCGAGGCCUAUUCAGAAGCCUCUCAACCUCCAGGUGCUCUGCAGCCUUGCCCUUUUCCAGGGGGCAGCUGAGCCGGUUGGGUUCUGUGCCUGGGUGCAGCUAGGCCUGUCCUCUGAGAACAGGGCGCUCAAGGAGGGAGGAAUGUCCCGCUUCAUUCACUCUCCUCCAGACAGACCGUUUGCUUGCACACCCUCAAUAGCAGGCCUGCUGAAGGCUUGUCCGUUUGUAUCUGCUCCCCGCCCCCAUACAUUGCCUUGCCAUUUCAGCAUCUGCCCUAAUGCCUGUACAGCUUUGUGCAGGGUUGGGGCUUUGCGGCUGUAUUGGAUAAAGUGUCUUGUACAUACCUGGCUGCCUGGAGGUUGUUGUU